ACGACUCUGCCUUCAUAUUUGGCCUUGACUUGCCUGAGUCCUGAUCAAACUCUGUGAGCUGGUCCCUGCACCUGCUAUUAGAUCAGUUCAUAGAAAGUGGGAGCAAUGGCUGUGACAUUGUUGGAGGAUUGGUGCAAGGGGAUGGACCUGGACCCCAGGAAGGCCCUGCUGAUUGUGGGGAUCCCCGUGGAGUGCAGUGAGGCUGAAAUUAAAGAGACCGUGAAGGCAGGCUUACAUCCCCUGUGCACCUACAGGGUGCUGGGCAGAAUGUUCAGAAGGGAAGAUAAUGCUAAGGCAGUUUUCAUUGAGUUGGCUGAUACUGUCAAUUAUGCUAUGAUUCCCAGAGAGAUACCAGGAAAGGGAGGUGCCUGGGAAGUGGUUGUGAAACCCCGCAGCUCAGAUGAUGAGUUUAUGAAUAGACUCAACUACUUCCUGAAAGACGAGGGCCGGAGAAUGGUAGAUGUGGCCAAGACCCUGGGAUAUAGCACUCCCACUGAGGGCAUGGAGCCAGAGGCCUCGGAUCAGGUCAGGUCACCAGCCUUGCAGCCUCUGAAAGAAAGCGUGUGGUACCGAAAACUCAGAGUGUUUUCGGGAAGCACUUUCCCAGGCCCAGACGAAGACAGCUUUGAAGGCUGGCUGGAGCACGUCACUGAGUUGAUGCCACUCUGGCAGGUGUCAGAGGUCGAGAAGAGGCGCCGUCUGCUGGAGAGCCUUCGCGGCUCUGCCCUGUCCGUCGUGCGGGUGCUCCGGGCCAAUGAUGAAUCUAUGACCGUGGAGCAGUGUCUGGACGCCCUGAAGCAAAUUUUUGGGGCUAAAGAGGACUGCAGAACCUCGCAAUUUAAGUUCCUCCAGACCUUCCAGAAAUCGGGAGAGAAAAUCUCUAGUUUUUUGCUACGGUUAGAGCCCCUGCUGCAGAAAGCCGUGCAAAAGAGCCCCUUGUCAGUGAGAAGCACAGACAUGAUUCGCCUGAAACACAUCCUGGCUCGGUCCUGCAUGAGCACCAGCCUCCGGGCCAAGUUAGAGCUCCUGGAUCAGCGAAGCCGUGCUCCCACUUUCCUCGAGUUAAUGCAGGUCAUUCGAGAUGAAGAGGAGUGGGAGGCCACCAUGGGCCUGACGAAGGAGAGGCAAGUGGGGAGGGGCCACAGGGCCUCCGGCAGGCCGGUGCUGGUGGAAGCCGGUGUCCCAAUGCCUCAGGUCGUGGUGCAGACGGGGCCCUUUAACGAGAGCAGCACUCAGACCAUCCAGGAAGGGAUUAGCCUGUCCCUGAAGCGCAGGCGCAUGUCAUGCUGCUACGGUAGUGGGGAGGAAGGCCCCAGCCAGGCAGCGUGUCCUAGCGUGGAGAACCAAGCUCCAGCGAAACAGAAGCCUCAGUUUGCAGCAGCAGAGUCGGGAAACGAGAUGGGGGCUGGGGCAAUGAGCCACCCCGAGCCCUAGGAAGCGUAGGCUCAGUACCUCCAGGCACCCCUUCCCCUAGCAGGCAACUAAA